AUGCAAAAGCCACAAAGGGUAAAUUAUGGUGCCAAGCCAGAUCUCCUGUCGCACUUCAAGUCUUUGACAAGUAGAAAUGAGCUUCCAUCUCUUGAUACAUUGAUACAACAAGCUGGUUCUCUCAUCGAUCGAUACGCGUCUCAGGAUGCUUAUGAUCAAGCUCUAUCUAAGGCCAAAUCAAGCAACGCGCCUGAGCCUAUGAAAAUUUUAUUCGGGCCAGCAUGGACAAAUCAAUCUACUGGCUCUACAAAUUCAGCACCGGUCCCUCUUCUCCCAAAUGAGGAUGUACCCAAGGUUCAUAAAGAGGCCGACGACUUUGACGGCGACCAUGUCCUUGCAAACAGCGUUCUCUUUCUUCAAGAUUUUGGCUGGUGGAUCGAAAUUGCCUAUGCUGUUUCAGAGGGUGAUAUAGGACGUGUUUUCGAGAUUUUGAAGAUCUGGAUAUUCACAUUUGCAGGAUCGUCUCACCACAACUAUAUGACGUACCUACUGGAAGUCUACUGUCUCCUGCGGUAUGAGGCAUCUAGAGACCUUCGUGACGUGAUCCUCAAUAACUGGCUUGUGAAUGUUACUGGCGAGCUUGGAAAGUGGAUUGAAGGAGAUUUGCUGCAAGAGCAUUACAAUCGUUGGCUUGAGGAUAUGGUCAAGAAAAGAGACGAGAACUUGCACCUCUUCUGUGCUGGACGAACCCUAGGACAUGUGGCCGUCAACCAGUUCAAUCAAGGUUAUGACCGACUGCAGCAAAAAAAACUUAACGACUUUAUCAACAAGACAACGGCCUACGCAGACAUCAUUGCUGAUAUUCAAUCAUCUAAACAGGCCCAAGAGACUGCUGUACCUAGUUCCAAUUUGGAAGUGCAAGAUCAUUCGCAGCCUAGCAAUGACGAUUCUCUCAGCGACGUUGAAAGUGUAUCUGACAGUUCUAAGUCAGAUUCUGCAUCCUCGUCAACUCCUUCUUCUAGCACUGAAACGGAAAAUGAAGACACUGAAGAUCCAAGCAAUAAUCACCUCGUUAGCAGCUCAGACUAUGAUGUUUAUUUGUCAAGCGACCAGUUGACACACAAAGCUUGGUAUGAGCAAGAAGGCAAGGAUAACUCAAGUGAUGAAGAAGAUGAUGGUUUGGGGAAUGGAUUUUGUUCAGACGGAAGUGACAAUAUCAAUGACACAGGAAAUGGUGCAUACGACUCUGAGUAG